CUCGUUGGAACAUUGACCGUGAUGCUUGUGGGGUGCAGUCACCCCCUCGGUGGCAGUGCCAUGAUCGUGGCAGCGUAUGGUGCCCAAGCUUCCCAGGCAGUUGCUUCCUCCUCGCCGACAGUCGCGACAGCUUUCUCGUCGAGUGUGAGAUUCUCACGGAGGGAUUGGAACACGCGGACGUCCACCGAGGUAGAGGAGCCUGGACCUAAUCACUGGGACGGAAGUCUGGCCACCGUGGAUGAGCAAGGAAAACUGCAUCUGAAGAUCUCCAAGAACGGGCAGGGAGGGUGGUCAUGCGCCGAGGUUUUCCUGCCGUCUUCUCUGGGGUAUGGCACGUACACCGUGAAGGUGUCAUCGCCGACGAACGAUCUGCAUGAAAACGCGGUGCUCGGGCUUUUCACCUACGCCGACGUCGCCCAAAGCGAGCUGUCCAACCCGCAUCGUGAGUUCGACGUGGAGGUUGCCAAGUGGGGCGUGGCCAGCGACAGCACCAACACCCAGUACGCCGUGCAGCCGUACCAGCUGCCGGGUCAUCGCCUCCGCUUCGCCGUCCCCGGGCCGGAAGCCACCGUCCAUGCGAUGACCUGGUCGCCCAACGAGCUGUCCUGGACCAGCACCUCCGCCUCGUCCGGUGCGCUCCUUCAGUCCUGGUCGUUCAAGAGCACGCCAGAAGUGGGCGCCGUGCCACCGCCGGGCACCGAGGUCUUUCACAUCAACCUGUGGCUGUUCGAAGCCAGCCUGCCGCAAGACCACGCGGACGUCGAGAUUGUCCUCGAUUCCUUCUCCUUCGAACCACUCAAGGCGCCUUCUCGAAAACUGCUAUCACUCCAACUCCGCAGCGGGCACCUUCGCCGUCGCUCAACACCAUCAUCAUCCACGGUCAUCCUGACGGGGAAGACGGUGAUUAUGCUAUGAUUUGUUUGUGUAUUUAUUUCGAGACCUUCAAGUACAGUCCAUCCGGUUUAUUUAUGCGAAUGUG